AUUGUAAAUGAGAUUGCAUUCUUUAUUUGGUUCUCAGGUUUAACAUUAUUGAUAUAUAGAAAUGAUACUGACUUUAUAUCCUGAAACUUUACUGAAGUCAUUUAUCAGUUCCAGGAGCCUUUUGGUGGAGCCUUUCGGGUUUUCUAGAUAUAGAAUCAUAUCAUCUGAAAAAGAAAUGAUUUGACUUCUUAUUUUCCUAUUUGAAUGAGAGGGUAUGUCUUGAUGUGGGAUCUGGAAGCUAAGUGUCUGAAAAGCUCAGUUUUGCUAUGAGAAAAAAAAACAUUCUCUAUCAAAAGGAAUCAAGGCUUAAUAAAAGAUUUCAUAGUAUACAUUGAAGGAUGAGGAAGCUUAUAAAGAAAAUAGGCAUCAAGAUUGGUGGUUGAAAUAAUACAGAGAAGUAAAAUCAAGUGCAAGUUCAGAUUUGGUGAUUUGGAGUCUCAACUUUGAAGAGACAAUGUGUGUUCUAUAUUAUGUAGCAUAAUUCAGGGAUUUCUUUACCCUUUAGUCUCAGGUUUGAAAGAGGAGUUCUGAUUCAGAGUCUGGGAGUGUUCCUGAAACCACUAGUGUUUCUACAGGCAAUAGAGGAAAAGUCUACCCUCUGGAACAAAUUGGUUUUUAGGGAGUCCUUGCUGCCCUUUUCAGGCCUUUAAACACAUAGCCAAAUCCUCCAUCAGCCUUCAUGUUUACAAGAACAAUUCUCACUUUUUAACUUAGGGAAACACACCACUCAGGACAAGGCAAUAAUAAACACUACUAAAUUAUGUGAAAGGGUUAUAGAACAUAAACUCAAAGGAGGGCUGAAGUUGGUUUGAAUGCACAACUGGAUGCUUCAUUGUAGCCACAUAGGCAUGAGUAGGGCAAACUGCUGAAAUUUGCUGAGGAUCAAAUUAUGUUCCACAAGAUCAUGCUCGCAAGAAUUACCAGAAUAUCCAACAAAAUCACUACAAUCUAAGACUUGCUCAAGAAUAUUCUCUGAGAAUAGGCAGCCAUAGAAUGAGCUAAGUGAAGCCCGACCACAAGACCUCACUGGAUUAACGUCCUGAUUUUUCCAUUGCAUAAGUUUACUCUCGGCAGAAUUACGGUUGGGGGGAGGUUGGGGUGGGAGGUUGGCGGGGGAGAGUGGAUCCACACUCUGAUAGAUCCUAUUUAACUAGUUUUACUUUACUGUGCAGACUACCUCCCACAACAGGUAACCUUGAAUGUAGGCAGACAUGCUUCCAGAAAUGUGAGUGGAGGUAGGGCGGAAUAAAGAAAAUGCAACUGCAAAAUUGAAAAUUCAUACUAGCACAAUGAUGUUUAAAUGAUUUUCAAGUGUUGGAGCUGGUGUGGUGGAAAAGAGUUGCCUGACGCUUUGGUUUGAAGGCCAGGGCUUGUCAUUUACCAUGUCAGGAGAAAUUCCUCUCUUUUCGACAAUAAUCUCUGCACUGCCUACCUCAGGAUGUCCUCGCGAUGCCAAAAUGCCGCCAGUGUGGGUUGCGCCUCAGCUGAGCGCUGAUUCUACAGCCUCGCGGUUUGGGCGGGAAGUCCCACCUCCGCAACCUUGACCAGCCCGGCUCCCCAUCCCCACCACCCGGAAGUGAACACCACGAGCUAGCGUGUCUACUUCACAGGCCAGGUCGUCAACUCAACUGCCAAGGUGUCCAUUGUAUCAGCUGGGCCAUGGAUCCCUCCCGCCUGAAAUCUGACUCCACCCGCCAAGAGUCUGAGCCUGCAGGCCUAGAUUUCGACUCUGCUGGCCAAGAUUAUUUCUCUGCAGCCCAAUAAUUCGACUCUUUCUACCAAGAAUUGGACCUGGACUCUCUUAACGAAGAUCUUUCCCAGUCCAUGCCACAUGCCAGGACAGAGACCUCUGUGGGCACAUAUGAAUCCCACUCGACUUCUGAACUGGAGGAUCUGACAGAGCCCGAGCAAAGAGAGCUCAAAACCAAACUCACUAAAUUGGAGGCUGAAAUUGUAACCCUACGCCACGUACUAGCAGCCAAAGAGAGACGCUGUGGGGAACUCAAGAGGAAGUUAGGCCUCACCGCCUUGGUAGGGCUGAGACAGAAUCUGUCCAAGAGCUGGCUUGAUGUUCAGGUCUCCAACACCUAUGUGAAACAGAAGACAUCAGCUGCUCUGUCCACCAUGGGCACUCUCAUCUGCAGGAAGCUUGGAGGCGUGAAGAAGUCAGCCACAUUCAGAUCUUUUGAAGGAAACCCUAAAUGAGAAGGACGCAGAAUAUAACCCUCUGGAGAGCUCAAGACAGUAGGAACCUGGACGGUGCUUGUUUGAAUUUUCUGAUAUCUGAUUUU